UUCUGUGAACCAGUUGAGAAGUCAAAUUCAAGUCACUCCUUCACCGCAGGACUAGCUCACAGUGUUGGUGUUAGGAAGCAACCACUACGUGUAUACAGCAUGGUGAAGUAUGCAGCCAUAGGUCGCGGGGAUGCUGAAAUAUUUAUGAAGUUUGCAAGGUCUGGAUACAAGGAGAAGAUAUGGGAUCAUGCAGCCGGCGCUGUUAUCAUCGAAGAAGCUGGAGGUGUGGUGACUGAUGCAGGAGGACGUCCACUGGACUUCUCAAGGGGCAUAUACGUAGAAGGACUCGAUAGAGGCAUAAUUGCUUGUGCUGGAGCCAAACUUCAUGAAAAAAUCAUCAGGGCUGUUGAUGCUAGUUGGGACUCCUCUAGUCUAUAAACUUAUGCUUUAUAAAAUCAACAAUAACAAACCACAUUUCCAUUAUAAUGAAUUUUGUUUUGGUGUAUGUGUAUAGGCUUGUAGAAAUCAGCCUUAUUUAUAUUCUAUUUGUGUAGCAGCAGCUCUUUUGUAAAGUCUCUUAGAAUAAUGAACUGCUUAAAUGAUAGGGA